CUCAGUCGCGCGCCGCCCCCCCGGGCCAGAAGCUCACCUGUUGACCGCCAAACGAGCGAGCCGGCGGCCCGGAAGCGACUCGCGCCUCUCCUCUCCUCUCCUCUUCUCCAAUCGAAACGCGGCAGAGGAAGAAAAGAAGAGUCCGUCGGCGGCUUUCUCGAGCGAAGGUCCGCGCGGACUUUUGAAAGUGAAAGCUGCUCGAAACGUCGCCCGAGCGGCGGCGCUCGUCGGGUUUUCUGCCCCAUGGAAGCGUCCGCGUGCGCCAUUUAAGCGAUGCCCCAAAGCGGCGCGGAGAGUCCCAGGAGGCAGCGGCGCAACGGGCCGCGGUCGCCGCCGACGGCUCGCUCGGUCGGCGGCGCCGCCUCCUCGGGGGCGGAGUCGGACACGGAGAGCAGCGGCACGGACGGCGAAAAGUGGGGUGUCAAAAGGACCGAGGUGGGCUCGCCCGGGGUGGCGCCGUCGCCCUCCGCGCUCCCUCAGCGGAUCGCGGAGCUUGACCGGCAGAAGGAAGAACUUCAGCUCGAGCUGCAGCUGGAGAUCGCCCUUCUGCAAGGCGAGCUGCAGACGGAGAGGACGCGGCUGCUGCGGCACACGCGCGAGCUGCGGGAGCUGCGGGAGCGAGCUCGGACCGGGCCCGCCCAAAGUCGGCAAAAAGAGCGCGAGCGUCUGGAGGAGGAGAGGCUGCGAGUGCGGGAGCUGAGGAGGAAAUGCCAGGAGAAGCGGGCGCUGAUCCCGACUCACCCGGAGAGCCACAGGGAGCGACUCGCGCUUCAGCUGCAGCACGACAGCGAGGCGAUGGAGGCCGCCGCGCGGGCCUUUGAGGACUGGGAGUUUCGUGUUCUGGAGCGGGAGAGCGGCGUGGACGAGGGGCGGGGCGGCGCUGGCCGGGAAGGCGAGGGCGGAGACGAAGAGAGAAGCGCGAGCUUGGAGCGGGACAUCGCUUGCCAGCUGCUCGCUGUCACCGCGGCGCAGGAGCGAGUUGAGCUGCUGGAGACGCAGCUGAGAGACAUGGAGGGUGAGAAGGAGCGAGAGCUGGAAGCCUUAACCAGGCAGAAGAACGACCUCCUGCGCUCCGCUCACACGGAGCUGCGCAAGGACUCCGGCACUCUUCCCCGGCGACGGAGUUGGCACCGCAGCGGCAGAACCAAGGACAGGCCCGCGUCGGCCCAAGGCCUGGAGCGGGCCCUGGCGGGCGGCGGCCGACCCCGGGAGGCGCCGGGGCGCCCCUCUCCGCCGCACGGACUCCACGACGGGCGCGCCGAUGGCCGCCGGCGCCUCGCCCCUCGCGACGGCGCGGAAAGCUCUCGCGCCGCCAGUCCGUGUCUGAUGAAUCUGGCGGUGAUGGAGCGCAAGUUGCGGGAAGCCACAGCGGAACGGGAGAGGCUGCUUCGAGAGAGACAGGAAGAGCGGCAACGAGCGUCGUUGAAGGAGAGAAGGCAGCGGGAGCUCAACUGGCCCGGGUCAGAAGCAGCAGAAGCAGAGCGUCCGCACAGGCCGCAGCCACAAGAGAACCCGAGCAGGUCCCUGCUCAACCCUCCUGAGCGGCUGCCCCUGUCCCUGUCCCCGGACUUCGACCUGCGCGCCCACGUGGAGUCUCUGGGUCACGGGGUGUCAGCUUGCACGGACCUGCGCCUGUCGUCGCGGCGCUGCGCCGGCUUCCUGACCAAGCGAGGCGGCCGCGUUAAGACCUGGAAGAAGAGGUGGUUCCUCUUCGACGUCGACCACCGAAGGCUGGCCUACUACGCAGAUUGUGACGAGAGGAAGCUGAAGGGCGUCAUCUACUUCCAGGCCGUAGAAGAGGUUUAUUAUGACCACCUGCGCACAGCCGCUUCCUCGCCUCGGCCCAGCCUGACGUUCUGCGUCAAGACGUAUGACCGCCUCUUCUUCCUGGUGGCGUCCGAUCCGGUCGCCAUGAGAAUCUGGAUGGACGUCAUCGUCACAGCGACCGACGAGCAUAGCCGCUAUUGACCUUGAUGGCUAUUGACCUUGAUGGCUGAGGCUAACUCAAGAAGAAGCAGCAGCAGCAGCAGCAGCAGGUGUUACUUUAGAAAGGAGGGAGGACUGUGAUCAGUCUGUUACUUGGUGCUUUGUCUCCCCCUACACACCUCCGCCGGGCGUUACAGCUCUACGGGACCAAUAAAUAUAUGAACUCGCAAUCAAAAUUGGGUUGAUUGAAGUCCAAUUUAUACUCUGUGUGUGUGUGUGUACAGGACGUUUUUGCAAGAUUAAUUUAUUCUGUGGACGUUUGCCUGGGUUUGGAAAAACAUAGUCAUACACUGUUCUCAAUGCACUAUUAAAUAUGUCAAGAAAAAAAUGUUGCCUUAGGUCUUUUUUGUAUACAUUCGCGAUAGUUAUCAGAUUUCUGGACCGCAGUAGUUUGAAAGAUAUGAAUGGAAUGGAAGUAGCAACAUGUCAAACAUCAUUCAGUGUCAGCACAAAACAAAGAAAAUGUCAGGAAAAGCCUGCUAGAAGAGCUGAACUUGAUACGGGAUCAGAUGGUGCUCGUUAUUUUGGCUAAUUUCUCUAUUCAUAGAUCAAAAUAUAUGCAUAAGAAACCAGGUUCUGUUGAAUUUUUUUGUUUAUAUACUUAUUUUUCUACAUUGUAUGAAAUGAAAAGUGAAAACACAUUUGCCAACAUAUAUCAUUUAAGAUGGUUUAUGCGACAUAUUCUUUUUAUUGAUUUAAUUUGAUUUAAAAUGCACUUUGUGUAAACACCCUGGUGUGUUUUGAGAAGUUUUAUGCAUUUCUGUGUAUGAAUUUUCGAUGUGUUUUGUAUACGUUGUCUCUCAAUAGUUUUCUCUACUUUGUGAAUUGAAUUAUUCAAAGAGAAACAAACAUAAAAAAGAAA